AUGUUUGGUAAACAGACAAUAGAUUUAGUUUUUAAUGCAUUAAUUCUUCAUUUGGUUGGAUUGGAUUUGAUCGGAAUAGGAAAUGUUCGUUUAGUGCUGAUUUAUCGAUUGAUUGUGUUCCUUCCUCGAGAUUUUCUUCGAUUUCAAAUACGAAAUAUUCGGCAAAUCCAUUCGGUUUAUCAUUUCAUCAAUUUAAUUUGGUUAAUUUUGUCAUUUGGAUGGAUUCUCAUUUCGUUACUAUUCGUUUUCUUGUCAGUUUGCCGAUUUGAUCAAUCUCAUGCAUCGAUUUUAUUUUACAAUUCUGCGUCUUUUCUUUAUUUCUUAUCAAGUUUUAUCGAAUUACUCUCUGAGCCAUUGUAUUUAUUAAGUAUUUUCACAAAGAACGAAUCCGUUCAUGAAUUUAUUCAAAUCUUCGCUUCAAUAAUCGGAUUUGGUCUUCGAACGUAUUUAAUUUCUCAAAAUCCUGACAAAUGCUUAAUUUAUUUUGGAUUCGGUUAUUUAAUAUAUUCAUCAAUAAUGACCAUAAGUUAUUUUGGAUACUUUUUUCUGCAAACUCAAUCGAAACGCCGUGAAAUCUUUUUGAUUUCAUCGUUAUUCGAUUUAGUCUUCAAACCGGUUUUUCCUUUUCUCAAUCACAAGUAUCUUUCAAGUGAAAUAAAAGAAUUUCUCAGUGAAAAACUCUUCAAAGAAAGUCAUUUCUAUUUGUUUAUUAUGUUUUCUCUUGUGUCAGAUGGUCAACAAGGAAUCUUUUAUUUCAUUUCGAUCUUUUCGUCUCUUCUUUAUCCAACAAUUGAACAAAUCUCUUUGAAUUAUUUUCAAAAAACCUUCUCUUUGAUCAAAACCACUCAAAUCACAUCGAAAGAUGAACGAACGAUGAUAUUGAAUAGUUUGACAUUAUUAAACAAUUUUCAAGAUCUUUUUGUGAAAUUGUUUGGAUUAAUAAUAAUAUUUGCGUUCUCAUUUCAUUAUCAAAUAUUAAAUUUGUAUUUAAUCGCAGUUCUAUGCCAUGGAAUCAAUUUAUUGAACGAAUCUUAUAUGUCAGAAAAUGUUGAUCAACGUUUUCAAUAUCUUGGUAAUCUUCCAUUAUCGAAUGUUCCAAUUUUCAAAAUAAUCUUUUUUUCAACGAUAUUUCAUCUAAUAUUCUUUGAAAUUCUUCCAAUGAAAAUCCAACCAUUAAUCAAAAGUUAUAUAAUUUCAACAUUUCAUGCGAUUAUUUCUGUUUUGAGUGUGACUUUGUAUUUUCUUAAAUAUGAAAUUAAUUUUCAACAAAUCAAUCGACUUGUUGGAGGAGGUGUAUUUGGUACAGGUGAUGAAUUUAUGGUUUAUAAUAUUUGUUAUUCCACUGGUUAUCUUCUUUAUGAUUUAAUUUUAAUGAUUUUUUAUAAAUCUGUUCGAUCUGCAUCUGCAAUUAUUCAUCAUGUUUUGAUUAUUACAUCGUUUCUCAUUGGUUUAUUUAGUCAAGUGUGUCAUCCGUGUCAUUUCUAUUUUUUAGCAGAAGAAUUAUCAACAAUUCCAUUGAAUUUAAAAACGAUUUAUCGAAAUCGAGAUCGAUUUCAUAGUAUAUUUUCGGUAUUAUUUGUGAUUUGCUUUUUUCUAAGUCGUUUAAUCUUUGGAUCAAUUAUUUCUUUCUAUGGAUUUCGUGCUGCACCUCAAUUUUUUCAAUUAGCUUGGGUAAAUGAUGAUAAAUCUUCAUUUUUAAUCGGUUUCAUCCAAGCAUUUCUCUGUAUUCUUACCCGAGCAUUGAAUUUCUAUUGGGCUUACCUAAUUUAUCGAAAGAUCUUUCCAAGCAAAUCAAAAGUAGAUUAA